UCAGCGGCAGCGGCAAUGGCAGCGGUUUUUCAUAAAUAAAUGUUUGAGUUAUGUAGAAAAACAUUUUGGGCGAGAAGAUUUUCGUUUUCGUUGCGAUUCAGUUAACAUUUGGCCAGCGGAUUCCGCCUUCAACGGACACGACGACGGACGACUCGCUAGCUAACUUUCCACUCCACUGCUGGCCAUAUGUACAGUUUAUCCCGGACGAGUCACAACCGGAAGCGACAGUGACAUUAAACGGUUAACGGUCAAGGAUAACGGUAGCGGAAACGGAAACAGAAACAAAAAAAGAAGAAAAAGUUCAAAUCCAAAUUUAAAUGCCAAAGCAAAAGCAAAUGCAAAGUGAAGCUAGUGAAUCGCCAAAAAGAACACAGUUCCUGAGCAAGAUAGUCAAAUAACAGUGUUACGUCCUCUAACUUAAGUAAAGCCAGUACUUGGACCAGUAAUAGACUACAGUGAAUCCCCACAAACAUGCACACCAGCACGGAUCCCAUGCACACUCUGCACGACAGUGUUUCCCUUUCGCCACCGCUGCUCAAAAGCUCAAGAGGUGGCUCCUCCGGCGGCAACGGCAUCGGAUGCAGUGCAUCUUCGCGUGCCGCCGCUGCCGAUGCCAUGUCCAUGGGCUGUGAUGACAGUGACAUUGAGCCGUCGGUCAUUGGCGGCAGUGGCGCAGGCGCCGGCGGAGAUGGUUCCGGAUCAUCCGGCGGUCCACUUGUGAAGCCGCCGUACUCCUACAUCGCCCUUAUCACCAUGGCCAUUCUGCAGUCGCCGCACAAGAAGCUAACGCUCAGCGGGAUCUGUGACUUCAUCAUGUCACGUUUCCCUUACUACAAAGACAAGUUCCCCGCCUGGCAGAACUCGAUUCGGCACAAUCUCAGCCUAAACGACUGCUUCAUAAAAGUGCCCCGUGAGCCUGGAAAUCCAGGAAAAGGUAACUUCUGGACACUGGACCCGCUGGCGGAGGACAUGUUCGACAACGGCAGUUUCCUCCGGCGGCGAAAACGCUACAAACGAGCUCCCACGAUGCAACGCUUCUCCUUCCCAGCGGUAUUUGGCACGUUGUCCCCAUUUUGGAUCCGUAAACCCGUGCCCCUGGUUCCGGUGCACUUCAAUGUGCCCAACUUCAAUGGUGGCAGGGAUUUCGAUGUUGUCCACAACCCGGCAGAUGUCUUUGAUUCAGCUCUACGGGCGGAUAAGAAGUUUAACUUCUUUGCAAAUGCGGAGGCAUCAUUCUACCAGGGAAGCCAGUCCAGUGACAAAUUCGACCGGCUGCCCUUCAUCAAUCGGGGUCGAGGAGUGGAUGCUCUGGAUGCGCUACCACACAGCAGUGGCUCUGGAGGAGGAGGCGGCAGUGGUGGUGGUGGAUCCGAGGGCAGCCGAGCCACCAAGUACAAAAGUCCCUACGCCUUCGAUGUGGCGACUGUGGCCAGCGCCGCGGGACUUUCCAGCCACAGGGAUUACGCAGAAAGACUUUCGGGGGGCGGUGGUUACAUGGAUCUCAAUGUGUACAACGACGAUGCGGACACAGAGGCUGAUGCGGAAGCCGACGGAGAUGACGACUCCUGCGAGGACAAAAUCGACGUGGAGAGCGGCAAUGAGCAGGAGGAUUCACAUAUCUCAGAUUCGGUAGAUAGCGCCUGUACAAAUCGCCUGGAUGCGCCGCCGGAUGCACUGAUCUUUGAGAAUACGGAGGUGUCCAACAGCUCGCCUUCUGGCAUUGGACACUCCAGUCCAAGGACACGCUUCGAUAGCGAGCCACUGGUCCUAAGGACCAGCAAACAGAGCAGCGCCAAAGACUUUCGAAUCGAGACGCUGAUUGGCCAUCACCUGCAUAACGGUGCUAGCCAGGAGGAGACCAGCGACUAGGCGGGAUUCGCUAGAACCAUUCGGAGCUUCCCCCCAGAACCGAUUGGCUUGUGUACAGUCCAUUGAACGGUGAUUUCAGUUUCGAUCUAAGCACGUUUUAACACUCCAUCACCAACCCGGAAUCGAAUCCAAGCAGCAAGUAGUGAUCAGUAGGUGUAUCUGUAGGAUGUAGGAGCCAGAGCCAGCAAACGAGUUUUUAAAUGCGACCAAAUCAAAGCCAACGCUAUAGUUGCCAGUCCACUUACGUACUAUACAUAUAUCGGCGCGUAUAUCUAUGUAAAUCUGAUGCAUUGCACAUUUAUAGCAUACUUUUAACGCGAAUUCUAGGGAUCUAGAGAUCUAGAUUCUAGACCUAUAUCUAACAUGCAAGUACUAAUCAUGUGUAUGUGUGCGUGUGUGUGCGUGUAACUGUAACACAUCCAAGCAAGAGGAACACUAUUAACUAUAAAUUAGACUAAGAAUUUUGCUGAUGUUAUUGAAAAUUGAAUAAACAACAACAUA